CAUGUCAUCAUUUGUCAUUUUUCUAAAACUUCGUGUUUGCAAGCCUUUGAUUUUUAUUAAUCAUCUAAAAAGUUUUGUAUCAUUCAGAGCCUACUAACUUACCUAAGAUCUCUCUACUGCCGAAUAGAACAGACUUCAAACAUGGCCAACUUUAGGCCCGCAUUGAUAGUAGUAGAUCUCCAAGAGGACUUCUGUCCUCCGAACGGUUCUCUUGCAGUGACCAAUGGUCGCGAUAUCGCGCCACUGAUCAAUAAACUUCUAGCCUCCCCUUUCGUGAUCAAGAUCGCGACCAAGGAUUGGCACCCGCGUGAUCACGUUUCGUUUGCGGCAAAUCACCAAGGCAAAGUCCCGUUUGAGGACUUGAUUACGAUCGUGAACCCAUACAACGAGACCGAGACGUAUGAGUCGCGACUAUGGCCGGUUCACUGCGUACAAGGCAGCCCGGGAGCAGAGCUGAUCCCUGAGCUACUCAUCAGUCAGAUUGACAUGGUUCUCGAGAAGGGGACUGAUGCGCGCGUCGAGAUGUACAGCCCGUUCUACGACCCCUUCAAGUCUCCACGAGUUUACGACAGUGGCCUCGUGCAGAUUCUGAAGGAGAAGCAGGUCACAGAUGUGUAUGUGGUGGGGCUAGCAGCAGACUAUUGCGUCAAGAACGCCGCGAUCGACGCGGCGAAAGAAGGCUUUAAGACUUACUUGGUGGAGGAAUGCACGAGAGCCGUUGAUCCUUCUGCAUGGUCGGAAUGCAAGAAAGAAAUCGAAAUAUCCGGGGCUAAAGUUGUUAGCAUGGACGGACAUGAAGUAAGCCGACUGAUGACGGCGCAGUAACAGGGUGAAGCUGAAGGGUUGCCGACGGGCGACUACUUCUAUCUUGCAAGAACAGAUUAUCCAGCGGUGUAUGUAGAAGUACGGAUCCGUAGCUAUUACUAUAAUUCUCCCUGUUUACUGACGUAGGUCCCGUCGUACGGGCGCUAGAAAACGAGGCCGGUGGCGGACCCGUUAGAUUAUCUAUGUACCUAACCUAUGUAUGAUUAUGGCUUCUACGCGGGGGGUGGAUAUGCGAUGGAUGGUAGCACGAGGGUCGGGAAAGAAUAGGUCAUGUGUCUCAGUUUCGCCGUGUUGGUUUGAGACCUUCCUGUUGUAUAGAAACAUCUAGUAUUAAUGGCUAAUUCCCAAGACCGCCAUUGUGGUUCGCGUUAACGAGAAGCGUGGUUGUCACAACCCGCCUAGGCCUCUUUUAGUAAUGGCCGAGAUAUUUGUACAGUACACGUAGUGUAAUUUAACCACAUCCUAAAGCUA